AGAGUUCAGUUCAUAUUGCAAGUUUGUCUACGUCGGGCGCGCAUUUUGAAGAUGAAAUUCCCCAACACGUUGGAUUUCAACACUUACCGGGCGUACUUUUGUUCGCGACACCUGUCACGUGACGAGAACCGACAGGUGGACAGUAUCCAUCUCGAAUGGGACACCUGUAAUCCGGAACCGCUGAAAAUCCUUUGCCUGAACACUAUCGCGAACAAUUGGCUAUCGAUUCCAUUCUUCCGACAGAUUCCACUCUGUGAGGAUAGGCAUUUUUUGUUGGAUUUACUGGAUUUGAAUUUUCCUCUGGAAAAUUUAUGUGCUAGAAUAAGAAGUGAUGCGUUUUGGAAGCGUGCAUUUGUUAACAGAUGGAAAAAUUACUAUCCGGUGAAUGUGGAUGGCAAACCUUGGAUUCGAGUUUAUCUGGAGCAACAUAUCAAAGAAACAUUAGAGCAAAUGAAGCCCAAUGACUACGAACAGGAGAGUGUUCAACAGCUAGUUGAUCUCUGUUCGCUGCAUGUGAAAGAACUCAAACUGGACCAAUUGCAGCCUUCGACAAACGACAAUACCGACCAUAUACCACUGGACGUGGUACUUUCGAAUCUGAGAGAACUGCGCAAAGUAGAUAUCACAUACGACGUGAAAAACGCAGGUCACAAUUUCUAUCUCGGUUGCGGUUCCAUCACGGAAAAGGACAUCAAACUUAUGACGCACGGGAUAGAACGUUGCUACGAGCUGACUGAAUUUCGGCUGCAUAGUACCAAAUUGGAACCGAUGAUGAUGCGACGAUUGGCGGCGGCAAUGGACAAAGGAUGUCCGAAUUUGACGACGAUAGCCUUUCCACACUGCCGUUGCGGUGACGUGGGUAUUCGGGCGUUUUUUGAUGCCCUCUCACCGGAGUCGCUGCCGAAUAUUAAGGAAGUGGUGCUCACGAACAAUUUUCUUUCCUCGGAAAGCAUCGUUGACCUAGUCCAUCUGAUACGUCGCCGUCCGAUCGAAAAGUUAGAUCUUCGACUGAAUCCAAUACUUAGCGAGGGAGCAAUAUGCGUGUUUACGAUGAUCUUUUACCUUCCCCUGAAAGACCUCAACCUCAGCUGCUGUUCGAUCGACGAAGAAAUCGAAGAAUAUCUGCUGAUGAUGUUGCGUUUCAAUCAGAGUGUGAAAUUUCUGGAUAUGUCCUCCAACAAGCUGGGACCGAUCAUGGGAGAACAGUUGAUACGACGAGUCCAGGAGAACAAAACACUGCAACGGUUUGACCUACGUAAUACGGAAAUACCCGCGGAUGUGCGCGCCAUCGUCGACGAGCUGGUGAUGGAGAACCGCGAUCCGCAUAGUUUGAGUGACUGGUGAGGAGAAGGUCGCUUAUUAUGGUUUCUUACAGCGCAUAUGUGAAUGGCCGUGAUCCAGGAUUGUAAUGGAUAAAUAUUGGAUGUAUAGGAACAUGUAUCUAUAUUGCGCUUAUAAGAUUAAGUACAUAAUAAAGAAAUGCAAGUAACGUGGAAGGGAAUUUUUUUAAUAAAUUUCGAGUAAAAUUGA